CGUUGUGUAGUAAAACAACAAUGAGAAUUUUUGUUUACGAUGAUCAUCGACGACGAAGUAUAUGCCAUAGACGAACCACGUAGAUGCUACUGUUGUCAGUUUGUUGAUAUUCAUUUUAUCGCGAGGAGUGAGAUAUUUGUUCUCGUUUAUUUAUUUAUAAUUCCAAAUAUUUCCGCAUACUUAGUUAAGUUGUGAAUGUGCUUGUUUUAUGUUAUUUGUGAAUUAUAAGUGGAUUUUAUUAUUUGAAAAUGUCAUAAGAGAUUCGACAAAAUUUCACGAUAGUUACAAUCUGAACUACGUUCAGUUUUCUGGAAGAUAAUUAGUUUAUUCUUCAUGCAUAUCCCAAGAUGUUAACAUUUUCUAUUAUUAUUUUAUUGUCUUCAUUAUCUCUUAGCUUAGGAUUGUUGGAAGGACCAAAUAUAUGUACCACACAGGAAACAUAUACAGUGACAGUAAGAGUGUCAGAAGAACAGCCGUAUCAAGUUAGAGAAUACGUUUGGUGCCUUAACUUUCCUCCAAGAUGCUCAAAAUAUAAAAUUAAAUUUAAAACAGUGUACAAAAUACAAAACUUGGUCAAAACUAGACCUGUUGAAGACUGCUGUAAAGGUUAUACAAAAAGCAAUACUGCGGAUAGAUGUAUACCAGUUUGCUCACAAAAUUGCCUCCACGGAACUUGCGUAGCGCCAGACACAUGUAAAUGUGAAACAGGUUAUGGCGGACCAUACUGUGAUAUUUCUUGCCCUAAAGGUCUCUGGGGAAGAGAAUGCCAAACUAAAUGCGAAUGCCAAAAUAAUUCCACGUGUGAUCCUUAUGAUGGCAGCUGUUACUGCUCAAGAGGUUGGAUAGGAAAACACUGCGAAAGUAAAUGUGACAAAUUUCAUUUUGGACAUGACUGCUUAGAACAAUGCCGUUGUGAAAAUGGUGAUUGCGAUCAUGUGUCAGGAGAAUGCAAGUGCCAUGCCGGAUAUAGGGGACCUCUAUGCGAAGAUAUAUGUCCCAAGGGUAAACACGGUUCGGAAUGUAAAUCCGAUUGCCGAUGCCAAAAUGGCGGUACCUGCGAUCCUGAGACCGGAUUCUGUUUCUGCAAAGAAGGAUGGACUGGACCCGUUUGUGCUAAUAGAUGUCCUUUCGGCUUUUGGGGUACAAAUUGUUCUCAACCAUGUGAUUGCUAUAAUGGUGCUUCUUGCCAUCAUAUUAACGGUACAUGUGAAUGUCAGCCUGGUUUUACAGGAGACAGGUGUCUAGAUGUUUGCCCUGAGGGUACAUUUGGAAUAAACUGUUCUGAAAAAUGUAGUUGUCAAAACAAUGCUAAAUGUUCAAAUAAAAACGGCACCUGCAUAUGUUCAAAAGGAUGGAGAGGUAAUUAUUGUGAAGAGAGAGCUUGCCCGGAUGGAUAUUAUGGACCUAAUUGUUCGAAGAUGUGCCAAUGUAACAAAGAGAAUACAGAAAUGUGUCAUCCUUGGACUGGAGAAUGCGAUUGCAAGGCUGGGUGGAACUCAGAAGACUGCUCUCGAUUAUGUCCCAUUCUCACAUAUGGUAAAGGUUGUCACGAACUGUGUAAAUGUCAGAACAAUGCACAAUGUUCUCCAGUGAAUGGUACUUGUAUUUGUCCGCCAGGUUUUACUGGUAUUAGUUGUGAACAUACUUGUCCAGAAGGCAAAUUUGGAGAAGACUGUGCUCAAAAAUGUGAUUGUAAAAAUGGUGCGAGCUGCUCUUCAGAAACUGGCCAAUGUCAAUGCCCAGCUGGUUGGGAAGGUCAGCAGUGUGAUAGACCAUGUAGUAGUAAUUCAUUUGGAUCACAUUGUAAUCAAAAAUGCGUUUGUAAAAAUGGCGCUUCCUGUAAUCCCGUCAAUGGUAGUUGUACGUGUGGAGCCGGAUUUUAUGGAGAAUUUUGCGAAAAUAAAUGUGAUCAGGGCUAUUUUGGGAUAAAUUGUGAACAAAUUUGUUUAUGUCAAGAAGGCCAUCAUUUAGGAUGUGAUCCCAUUACUGGGAAAUGUAUUUGUAAACCUCAGUGGAAAGGUGUAAUGUGUGAAUCAAUGUGCCCCGAAGGCAAAUAUGGUCCCAAGUGCGAGUUUAUUUGCAAUUGCAAAAAUAAUAGUUCAUGUGAUCCUGAAAGUGGAAUGUGCUAUUGUUCUAGAGGUUGGCAAGGAGAAGAUUGCUCUACACCUUGCAACGUUGGCUACUAUGGAAUUAAUUGCAGACAAAAAUGCCCAGAAGUGUUUAUAGGAAAUAAAACAUGUGAUCAUGUGACAGGAGAUUAUAUCUGUCCACCGGGAUAUCUGGGUCUUACAUGUGAACAUCCAUGUCCUAUUGGAAGGUAUGGAAAGAAUUGUUUACAAAAUUGUUCCUGCAGAAAUGGAGGAGAUUGUCAUCAUGUCACAGGUGAAUGUCAAUGCUUGCCAGGCUGGACCGGUACCAACUGUACAACACCAUGUCCUGAUGGAAGUUUUGGUAUGAAUUGCAGCCAACAUUGUAAAUGUCUAAAUGGAGGACAAUGCAGAAGAAAUGAUGGCGUUUGUAGGUGUAAACCUGGAUGGACGGGCACUCAAUGUACCGAAUUAUGUCCAGAAGGUUAUUAUGGCGAUCACUGUAUGACACCUUGUGAAUGUGAAAAUGAUAACUUCAUUUGCCAUCCAGCAGAUGGUUGUAUAUGCAAACAUGGAUUUACUGGAGAGCACUGUGACGAAUCUAAUAUUCUGGGACGAGUACGACAGAUAGAAGAUUCUGAAGGUGGUUACGGUGUUGUGGUUGCAGUUGUCAUGGUUUCGAUAAUUUUUGUGGCUAUUGUUGCAUUACUUAUAUUUUACUAUAGAAGAAGAGUAUCAAAUUUAAAAACAGAAAUAGCGCAUGUGCAAUACAUAGCCGAUCCGAGUGGAUUUUCACCUGAUCGAACUCAUUUCGAUAACCCAGUUUAUUCAUAUCAGGGUGGAAUAAAAAGAGAUAAUGAACAUCUGUUGAACAACACUACCAAAAUUUUCAAUAAUUUACAUAAACCAUUGAACACUAACUUGGAAAGAGCACGUCUUGGAGGUAUGGCUUGUUGUUCGACUGACGAUGAUGAUCUUGCAAAAGGCUUAUACGACACAGAUGAACUGAAGAGUUUGAAAAAUAGAGAAGCUGAUGCCACAAAUCCCAACAUUUAUCACAGUAUUGAAAAAUUAGAUCACGUUUAUGAUGAAAUUAAACAAAAUGAUGUUAAAGAUAUAGGUAUUUACAUUUGGAAAUAUAGCAAAAAUGGAAUACGACCAUCUGGACUAUACGAGGCCUGUGAGCACUCUAAAACCACAUUACCAAAGGAUGGCUAGUCCUUUUGGAUCUAGAGAUCUUACAAGAGACGACAAAAUAAUCGAUGAAAACUAGUUAUGAAGUUACAUUUAACUAUUUAUUUCUCUUGAUACUCUUUUUUUACAUAUUUUCAUUACAACGUUUUGUAUACAUCAUAUUAUUCCAUUUAACAAGUUGUCUUGCAUUUUUCGAUUAAGAGCUAAAUUUUUAUAUAUAGAAUAGUACUGAACUUCCGAACUUAUUUUGAAUCUAUACGAAAAGAAUGGGAUAUCAUUAUAUAAGUGCUAAUAAAUAAAACUUUCUGAACACUAGAAUGAUUAUGCUCGUAAAAAAAUAUCAAUAGUUACUUUUCCUCUCAGUUAUAAGAUUUUUAUUCCAAUUUUUUUAAAAAUGAUUCGACUUGUAAGUUAUUAUAUAAUAAAUGAUUAUCGGACUCAUAGAAACAUAGGCAUAUCAUAACACUAUUUCCUAAUUAAAUAAUAAUGAGAGAAUGUGAGAGAGUAUUAAAAAGAAAAACGUAUAAGUUUUUUUCACUCAGUGGUGUUUAUAAAUUUACAAUGUUGAUUUUUGAAUAUGAAUUAUUCUGUUUUCAAUAUUGAAAUCAACUUCAGUCUUGCAGGGUUUCUCUUUUGCCUUUUUUGUUGUGCUGCUUUCGACCAUUUUUAAAAUACUGACUUUAAAUAGAUAAAUUCAAAAGUUAUGAAUAAUUUUAUAAUUUAUACAGGAUUCUAAAAUUGGACAAAUAGUUAUAAAAAAAGUCCGUUACUGAUCCUGACAUUCAAGAAGAGCUUUUUUUGAAUUGCAGAAUCGAAAACUGUCGGUAAAAUUGUACAGUAUUUUUGAUAUAAGGUAUUUCAAAUUAAUUAUAUUUAUAACAUUUACAAAUUUCGGAAACAUUUUGAACAUAUGAAAACCUAUUUGCUCAUGUAUUGCUGCCAAAUUUUGAACUAUCGUGAUUGCCAAAUUUUGAAAUAUUGUGUUUUCUUAUAUAGAUAAUUCGGGCAUACUUCAACUAUUUAAGUCUGUACUUUCAAAUUUUGAUACAACUAUAUAUAUGCGGAUUAAUAUUACUAUUAUUUGGUAAUUGUAUGGAGUAUUUCACUUGAUAUAUGUAGGAAUUAGUCUUAUCAGUACAAACUUUUAAUUCCUUCACACCACUUCUCUUUUACAUAAUAUACAGUAGAAAUGGUGGAGGUCUAAUAAGUGACUAAUACGUCAGCAACAAUGUUAUAUGAAUCAAAUUACAAUUUCUGUCAACUCAGUAGAAAUAAUUGUUAUAACUAAUAUUCCAAAAAUCAGCCUUGGUACUAAUUUGUAAUUAAAAAAGAAAUUCAACUUUUUUGAUUGUUUGUGUUUUAUAUGGUUAAGAUCAACAUAUUGAGCAAAACUCAAUUGUUGUCUUUUUAUGAUUACUUCAUUCAAUUUGGAGAAACUAUUACGUUGGUCUUGUGAGAGGACAAUCAAUUUUAUGUCGUUAUGUUUGAUUUCUAUUUAUAGAAGAAGAUAGUAUCUAGAAAAUAUGUGUUCGAUAAAUCAUAUACAGAGUUUAUUGAUAGAAGACCCGCACUGUUUUUACUAUAUAUUUUGCAGAAAUAUCAUAUGUGCAAGUAUCGCACCGUACCUUGACAAAUACUAGUAUAUUUUUUAUGUAUUAAUUUCGUCGAAGACUCAGUCCCAUGAAUGGAGGUGAUAUCAAUCAAAAUGACAAUUUUUCAUUAUUCCGUUUACACUUUUGUACUGAUUUCAUUGUAGUUACGUGAGUGCAUUUUCUCAUCUAUAAUAUAGAAGCCUAACUGAAAUAAUACGAUUGUGGUCCAAAUGAGGUUCGCUUACUUUUUUACUUUCAGUGUUAACUUUGAUGAUGACUUCUCUGGAACCGUGUCGUUACACAAAUCUCUCAUCUCAUAUAGAUCUGUUGUAUAUGGCAAGAUGGUUAGGUAGAAUUUACGUUAUAAUGUGUAUCAAAACUAUAAGAACUGAAAAGCUGUACAUAUCUAAUUUAUUACCUUCUAUAUAAAUCAGAUGAAAAUAUUGAUUUUGCAAAAGGUAGUUAACUAUAUUUUCAAUACCUCAACUAUAAAAUUGUAUUUAUAUACACUGUCCACAUUGGUAUUUAGUUGACUUUAGUUUAUGAAACUACCAGUCUUCUAACUGUAAACACUUGUGGUUAGUGAAAAUCUUUUUUCUAUAUUUGUACAAAUAUAUUUUCUCUUCAGGUUAUUAUGCUAUAAAAUUGCUCACAAAAAGAAAUUUGGUAAAUUUAAUUAAUAUAAUUUCUAUUUUUCAUCAUAUUAAUGCCGUUUUGUGUAUAUUUAUAGAUUGUAUCAUAUUUUUCCAUUUCAAUUUGUUGUGAUAUAUGAUUGAAAAAAGCAAUAUAUGUUUGAAAUGUAAUUUAAUCUAUCAUAUAUAUUUGGUAUGGUUUGAGCGUCUGGCGACAAAAUGAACGAUUUUCACAUAAAUUUUUCCUGAAGAUCUCUAGAUUCGACGCAUAAAAGUUAUAUAUACUAAACAAAUAUCGUUUCACCAAAAUUAUAAAAUGUGUAAAUUGGAUUUUAUGUCGCUUGCUCUUGGACUAUAAUUUUUAAUUUGUAAAUAAAAAUUAUUUUAUUAUCAAGAUUCUGUGAUAAGUAUAGGUAUAAAUAUAAUGAAGUGUUUAGUGUGAA